ACAAGAAAGGAGGGGAGGAAGCGGGAUGCUUAGAGAUGGAAUGAAGAAUAAGUAAAAGAACAGCAUUUAAAUAAAGGCAGAUAAAUGCUCCAGUCUUGGUGCUGGGAACUUAACACUGGAGGUUCAGUAUUUUCACCUUACUCCACUUUUGAAAUGAAAGACCCGAGACUCAGAAAGGUCAAAGAACAUACUCAAGAUCACACAGCCAGCAACCAUGAUAUCCCAAAAGCCAUUAUUUUCACACUAUUUUCAGGGUGAAGGGGGGGGGAAGGUGUUUAGGUAAAGGGGAAUGGAAAAAUGAACCAACAGACCCUAAUACCCACCGCCCUCUUGAUCCCUCUCCCCGCCCCUUCCUUCCUGUCUCACUAGUUAUUUAAUUUCUACCCACCCCUCCUGUGGCUAUACUUCAGAAACUCUUGUAGCCAGAGAUGGGGACGGAGCCCACAGAGCAGGUUUCCUGGGGCCCCUACUCUGGGAUUGACGAGGAGGAGGCAUAUUCAGCCGAACCGUUGCCCGAGAUCUGCUACAAGGCGGAUGUCCAGGCGUUUAGUCGGGCUUUCCAACCCAGUGUUUCCCUGAUGGUGUCUGCUCUCGGUCUGGCCGGCAAUGGCCUGGUCCUGGCCACCCAUCUGGCGGCCCAGCGCGCUGCCCGCUCGACCACCUCCGCCCACCUGCUCCAGCUGGCUCUGGCCGACUUCCUCUUAGCCCUGACCCUGCCCUUCGCUGCCGUGGGAGCCCUUCAGGGCUGGAGUCUGGGAAGUGCCACCUGCCGCGCCGUAGCCGGCCUCUACUCGGCCUCUUUCCACGCAGGCUUCCUCUUCCUCGCCUGCAUCAGCGCAGAUCGCUACGUGGCCAUCGCGCGGGCGCUGCCGGCCGGGCGGCGGCCUUCCACGCCGGCCCGCGCGCACUUGGUGUCAGCCAUCGUGUGGCUGCUGUCGCUGCUCCUGGCGCUCCCCGCGCUCCUCUUCAGCCGGGACGGGCGCCGGGAAGGCCAGCGGCGCUGCCGCCUCGUCUUCCCCGAAGGCCUCACGCAGACGGUGAAGGGGGCCAGCGCGGUGGCGCAGGUGGCGCUGGGCUUCGCGCUGCCACUCGGCGUCAUGGCAGCCUGUUACGCGCUCCUGGGCCGCACGCUGCUGGCCGCCAGGGGGCCCGAGCGCCGGCGGGCGCUGCGUGUGGUGGUGGCCCUGGUGGCGGCCUUCGUGGUGCUGCAGCUGCCCUACAGCCUCGCCCUGCUGCUGGAUACAGCCGACCUGCUGGCUGCCCGCGAGCGGAGCUGCCCCGCCAGCAAGCGCAAGGAUCUGGCACUGCUGGUCACCGGCGGCUUGGCACUGGCCCGCUGCGGCCUCAAUCCCGUGCUCUAUGCCUUCCUGGGCCUGCGCUUCCGCCAGGACCUGCGCAGGCUGCUAAGGGGUGGGGGCUGCAGCCCAAGGCCUCAGCCCCGCAGCCGCUGUCCCCGCCGGCCCCGCCUCUCUUCCUGCUCCGCUCCCACCGAGACCCACAGUCUCUCCUGGGACAGCUAAGGAGGCUGCGAAUCCAGAGGAGGGGGGGGAGGGGGGGCAGGUAGUGGGUAAGGGGAGUCGAUGUGUGUGGGAGGGGGGUUGGGAGGGGACACGGAGAAAGAGGCCAGGAUCAACAAGGAGGAUGACUUUUGUGCCUUGCCAUAUUAAAUUGAUAACAAGGAAAUGAGAUGCAACCCCAAACAACUGUUACUAUUUUUGAAUCACAGCCUUGGAAGCGAUUUGUAAGCAGGGCCGA